CGAGGUUGAGUACAUCACACCACUAUCUCGUCCUGCAUUACGUUCGCUUCCGUGGACAACGCACGACCGACUGACCAUGAGCACCUCCUCUACCCAGUUCCUCGACCUCCCUCUGGAAAUACGCCAGGAAAUCUUGCGACAAACACAAUGGUGUCCAUUGAAUGCGCCCCCCUGUAACCCCAUCCUCUCGCGCCGACUCAACCAAGCCUUCUUCUGCGGUAACUGCUCCGGUGAGGUACUCAUGCGAGUCAGCAAACACAUACGCUUGGACAUCGCCCCCGUCUUCUUUGCCCGCCAUGCAAUGCAAUUCCAACUCUGGUAUGAACAUCACGCCGCCCUCCACUCGUGGUUCGAUGCCGUUUCCGAAGACGCCGUGCGUCACUUCAGAGCGUUCAGGCUGAACACGCAAUACGCCAAUCCCUUGGUCGAUCUCGCUUCUCUUCCGGGCACUGCGACGGCCAUGCCGGGCUACAUUGCGAUCGAUCUGGAUGCUGUACCCGAGCAAGUGGUGAUGCGCAGCAAUACAUGGACGUGCGAACUCUUGGAAGAGCCCGCGACGAUCAUUUCUGCACUGGUCAAGUCGCUCGAACGGGUGAAUGGCAAGCCAGUCCUGAACAAGCAAGCUUUUCUAAGCAUGGUGGAGGCGGUGGGGUGGUUUGGGAUGAGGGAUGAGCGGGAGCGAGAGAUGGUCAUUCAGGAGAAUGAUGCGAGAGGAUCACGGGGAGUGGAAAUCGUUUCCCUCUUGACCGUGUGACAGCACGGCUUGAUGAACAGUGCAUCGAUGAUUAGAAUGGGGUUCUUCCGACCCGUCUACUGAGCACGCGGGCGUGCUUUGCAAUGACUGCUGCGAUUGAUAACUGAAAAACAUCGCGUCCUAUUAUCGGUAUCUCCAUUCUUCUUCCCUU